UCUCCUGCUCCUCCCCCGCAGCGGCUGCGCUUCUGGCUGGAGCAGCGCGAGGUGGCGGGGCGCUUCGGCGUCACGGCCCACGGCGACAUCAUCCUGCUGCAGGCGCUAGACUACGAGUCGGAGGACCUGUUCCUCUUCCACGUGCACGCCACGGACGGCCGGAUGAAUACCACGGCGCUGGUGAACAUCUCCGUGCUCAACGUCAACGACUGGGACCCGCGCUUCCGCUUCCCGCAGUACGAGUUCUUCGUCCCCGAGCUGGCGGCCGGCCCCACCGUGCCCAACACCAACCCCAUGGGGCUGGUCGUCGGCCAGGUGGAGGUCGCGGACGGCGACCGCGGCGACCACAUUAGCCUGGAGCUGCGCGGGGACGGCGCCAAGAUGUUCGAGGUCACGGCCAACGGCGAGAUCGUCCUCCUGGACCCGACCCUGGCCAACUCGAGCACGGUGCACAUGGUGGCCGUGGCGACGGACACGGGCAUCCCGCCGCGGCAGGCGAGCGCCCCCGUCAUCGUGCACCUCCCCGAGGCCCUGGUGCGCUCCGCCAACGUGUUCGCCGCCGGCGGCACGGGCGUCCUGGUGAUGGCCGUGUUCGGCGCCGUGCUCGGAGUGCUGGGCAUCGUCAUCGUCGCCCUGGUCCUGUACAUCUACAAGAACAAGCGGCCCAAGUCAACGGGCACACCUCCGGGCUCGGGGCGCGCCUCCUCCAACAAGAUGGGCGGCCUGAUGACGCCCAACAUUCAGCACGAGAAGCUGCCGCCCGCCUCGGACGACGGCACGGACAACAACAGCGACACCCUGGCGCCGACCAACAACCUGCACGUCGACAGCGCCGCGCCCAGAUACACCGCCACCGUCAAGAGCAUUAUGGCGCGGAACGCGGCGGGGCGCGCCAGCCAGCGCCGCCCUGGCCACCACCACCACCACCACCAUCACCACAACCACGGCGGCGGCGGCUCCGGGAACCACCAGUGCAGCAACCCGCUGUCGCAGACCAAGCGGAAGGUCGCGCCCGCGCCCCCGCAGGUCCCCGGGACCGUCAACAAGACCUCGAACGUGGACAGCGUCACCAGCGGCGUCAGCUGGCCGCUAGGGUCCAUACCCAGGAGAGUGAAGAAGCUGAGCUGGGACGACGACGACGACAACAACAAGCCCGAGUUGGAUCCGGAAGUUAGCGUCACCCCCUUGGGCCAGAACCAGGACGGCAACGCUGAUCACAUGAACCUCACGGUUUACUUCUGAAAGUGCCACAAGUUGUCUGAUUGUGCAAUCUCCAAUUAGUUCGGCAUCCCGUCUUGGACAUGGCCCAGUGAGAACACAAAGUCAGAACAGGGUCAAAAUGGGGUCUUUGCAGGUCACUUGGACGUCUAAGUCCUUACCUGGGAGGACUAGAUUUUGACUUUUAAGGUCAGAAUGACUUCCCUUUGACGUCAUUUUAACGUAAUUUUGACUUGGGCGUUCUCCUUUUGGGGGUCAAUGGGGGGUGCAAGGUGAGUCACUGGAGUCACUGACUGACUAUUGACCGCAAACCGGAAUUUUGGAGUUUCCCAAAAUGAAAAUAAUUUUGCCAAAUAGUUUUAAAAACUUUGAAUUGUGCAACGAAUUUUCAGUUUAGGAAAGGUGUGUAAAAUUGGUAGUCAAUAUACAAGUGUGUACCCCAAUCUUCAGUGGGCUGCCCUGUGCUGCAUGUCUACAACCCUAUUUUACGGGGUGGGUCUUCACCAUAAUGAGCUGAAGCCUUCUGGGCUGAUGUUGAAUGCUUUAUGUUGCCAUACAUGCAAAGGUCAAUUGCUUACUACUCUGAGUACAAUGUAAAUUCGAUAUUAAUGGAGUCACUUCCAUUUGAGAGUUGACAACCACUAUAUAAGAUAUGUUUUCUAUAUUUAUUGUAAUUUCUUUUUCUUUCUUUUUUUUUGUCUUCCAACAUGUGUUUGAUUAUUCUUUCCUGUUCAGUUAUUUGAAGUUUAGAAAGGUGUUUGUAUGUAAAACCAAAUGAAAACAUUGUAUUUGCUAUCUGACCAUCAAUAAGCAUUAAUGUCUGUUUAAUUAUUUUACCUUUCACUGAGUGGAAAACUUGUGCCAAUAAUAUUUUUAUAUUCAGUUAACUUUUUCACCAAGGGAAUGUUACUUAAUACCUAGUAUAUUCUGUUCUGAAGUACCUAUUUUUUCAUAUGCUGUUCAUUUGUAUACUUUUGCACAUAUCUCAUAAAAUUUGCUAUGUAUAUUUCUGGAAAUACCCUGAGUAGCCCUAUCUAAGAACUGAACUGUCUACUUUAUUUAAUAAAAUUGUGCUCUCAUUGAA